UGUGUGAUUUACUUCGACAGACGUCCCGCAACGAGGUGAAACGCAGAGUGAUCAGAAUUCGUGAUGAGAUUUGCCAACAGUAGCUCCUGCGAGGAGAACAUUUUGUCGCUUCACUGCAGCGCACAACACAUCGAGGAAGAAAUGAACGUGAAGGAGAUGUGGAAACUUCGACCCGCACUGAACCAGGUUCUAGAAAGAGCAGCGACCCAAGGACGACUCACUUACGGUCUCCACGCCUGUCUAAAGGUCCUGCAAAUCUGCCCACAGUCUGUUCUAGUUUGCAUCCUUCCUGUGGACGCCAAAAGCCCCCAGCAGAAUUGCGAGGAUAAAAGCAAAGGCAUCCUUCACCGGCUCCUUGAAGCGUUCUGCUUUGAAAACGACAUCAAACUGCUCAAGAUCGAGCCAGCAAGCAGCAACACGGGUCAGCCGAUGCCACGACUCGACCGCGAAGGAACAGGGUCGCAUCCCCUCGACGUCGGCUGCAUCCUCAUCCAUUGGGCGUCCAACAAGGACGACCUGAGCGAGGAUGACCGCCACUUCCUCCGGCUUUACUCCAUCGUAUCGCAUUCGUGUCAGUCCCCGUGGCCGUGCUUGCCCGUGGACACCCGCUGAACCACGCUUCCGGCUCAACCCAAAUCCAGCUUACUGAAGCAACAAUCAUCGGCGCUCGAAUUCCAGCCGAAUUUUUGGCACAAAAAGAAAAACACAAGAAUGUGAGAGAGGGAUUAUGAAGGAAGAAGAGAGAGAGAUAUUGAUAGAGAGAGAGGAAGAAAAAGGUUGUUGACGCCCGACGUCAUUCCGGAGAGGGACAAAAAACGAGGUCAACGAGAUUUAUUUCGGAGGAACGCGACAUUGGGAUGGAGGAGUUUGUCGGGAGGCAACCUAUGGGAGAAAAAAAAAACGAAAUCUCGACACAUCACGAAAGUGUCGGUUUUUACCAGCAAAGAUUACCCCUCGUGGAUUAAUCGACAGUGUCGAUUUAUGGUUGCCUGUCCCACGACCUAGCCACCGUCAUCAACGAGCUCACCGACACGAACACACACAUACGAGGAGGGGGAAAAAUUGGAUUUGAACAAGGGAUAAAAGAAAAAAGGAUUCAAGAUUUUGUUUGUUGGAUUUCGUGGCGACUCGCCAAAGACUCAUUCCUCGAUAUAUUUUUUACGCGAAGUGAGGAAAAUUUUCCGUGGAUCACUCGGAAACGGCCAGUGCAGGUUGUAAGUCGAAUGGAAAAGAAAAAAAGAUUCAAAUAUUUUUUCGAGAAAAAAAAAUGCUUCAAAAGUCUGUGAACCCAAAAAAAAAAAAAAUUCGAUUUUUCCUCAACCGAAUUUAAAGCUGCUCUGGAGCGCGACUUGGUCCACUUCAAAACUUUUUUUUCUUUUUCCUCGCCCACCGACCGAUAUUGAUUUGAUUUGAUCACGAUAAUCAAGCAGAAUUCGAGAUAUUCCGUUGACUGGUGGCUCUUCUCUAGAUUUUAUUCCGAGGCGCCGGGCGAUUGCUUGUGGCAUUUAUUGGUUUUGUUUUAUACUUUUUUGUUGCGUUUUUUGGUCAAUGAGUUCGUGUUUCUUCUUUGAAUUGAGUUAUUAAAAAGGAAUGUGAUACGAAUCCA